AAUAAGCUAUCUCAAUCCCUUUUUAGCCAUCUAAGAUUGGAAACGCAAUCCUUUUUUCGUUAAAAGUGUGCCAAUAACCAAUCCAUAGAUCGAGAUUGCAAUCUUGCAACAUGUUCAAUCUUUGGGAGGACCGAUCCCAGAUUGCGGAUUGCCCUCUGUACGUAAAUGACAGUUAGGGUGUGUUAAUAAACGAUCUUUCCAUUUUGACGUUUGUUUCGAUCGGGCGAACAAUCUGUUUUUGCAAUCCAAGGAAUUGCUCAGAUUAGGAUCGAUUACAAUUUUCAAGUAUUUAUAUUUUGUGUUUUUUUAAAUUUAAAACUAAGAAAAAUGGCUUUUUCAUUAGUUACAAGUGAUAGUGACAGUGAUCUAGAGGGUUUAGGCCAAUUAUCGGAUUGGGAUAAUAGUGCUUCUGAUAGCGAUAGUGAUGAUAUUGAUCUUCACGAUGACGGCUUUCGGGGACGUCGUGCUUCUCGAAAAAUCCGAAGAAUCAAUUACAUGCAGAGUCUCGAUGAUGCCGAGUUCACCUUUAGGUUUAGGUUAUCUAAACCUGCAGUCAAUCAGCUUUUAAAUGAAAUAAUACCUUUUAUCCGCGUGACUUCAUCAAGGAAUCAUGGAGUUUCUCCAAUACAUCAACUCUUAUUGACGUUACGAUUCUAUGCAUUGGGUACCAUGCUCAUCUCCAUAGCCGACUUUGUUGGUGUGUCGAAAUCGACAGCAGGCAGAAUUGUGAGAGACAUAUCAAUAUGCAUUGCUAGAUUGUAUGAUAAGUAUAUACAUGUGCAACAAGGAGGAGCGGAGAAAUUUUACAGAAUUGCUGGAUUUCCUCGGGUUCUUGGAACAAUUGAUUGUACACAUAUUCGCAUACAAUCUCCAUGCCGCUUAGUUGGAGAAGAAUUUAGGAAUAGGAAAGGUUACUUCUCCUAUAACAUCCAAGCUGUAUGUGAUGCUGAUUUGAGACUAAUGAAUGUUGUAGCUCGUUGGCCAGGUUCUGCACAUGAUGCGACUAUUUUUAACAAUUCGGUUCUGAGAGCUCAAUGUGAUGCAGGUCAGUUUGGUAACCAUUGGUUACUUGGAGAUAGUGCCUACCCCAACAGACCUUACUUGCUGACUCCUGUUUUGAAUCCAGUGACAGAAGCUGAGCUGAGAUACAAUCAAGCACAUAUAAAAACUAGGAACACCAUUGAACGCACAUUUGGAGUCUGGAAACGUCGCUUCCCUGUGUUAGCACUAACACUCCGUUUGUCACAGCCAGUAACUCAGUCAGUGAUAAUAGCCACUGCUGUAUUACACAACAUCUGCAGGAAUCACAGCCUUGAGGAAGUACCUCCAGAAGUUGAGAUACUGGGUGGAGACAAUAAUGUUGAAGAUGGCUCUCAAAAUAUGGAUAUGCAAGAUAUCAGUGGAAGAACUGAUCUUAUAAAUAAUUUUUUUAAUUCAGAAGAGAACUAAUAAAAUUAAUAAUCUUAAAAUUUCAUUUGUGUAAUAUGUAUAUUAAAUAAUUAUGA